AUGGAAUCCAAUCUAGCAUAUUUAAGUCUUGAUAGAUGUGUCAAGUACAUGAAGAUACUUGGACUUUAUCCGAUAAAUCGGGAAUCAUCAAAAUACAAAAAGAUCUUACAUUGCAUUUACAGAUGUGUUAUUUUAUCCUUGGUAUUGCUUUACACUGUCCAGCAGAUUUUAAAAGUUUACGAGGUUCGAGAUAAAGCAGACAAAGUGAUGGCUACGAUGUUCUUAUUUCUUACAAAUACCGAUUUUAUCUACAAAGUCGUGGUUCUUUGGACAAAAUCCGAUCAAAUUGAAGAAAUCUUCCAAAUCACAAAAGGUCCGAUCUACAAUCAGGAGGAUAUUGAACAUAGGGCUCCAUUACAGAACACUAUCCGUGAAAGCUUACUUGUGGUUCGAUUUUUUAAUUACAUAUCGAUGUUUACAUGUUUCCUAUGGUGCGUCCAGCCAACAGUGCAACAUUUACAAGGAAAACCAAUUGAAUUACCAAUAUGGCUCCCAUUUGAUGUCAACUGUGACCCAAAUUUUUAUUUAGCGAUUCUCUACAUGUGGAUCCAAACAACGUGGCUCGCCAUGAGCAAUACAAUUAUAGAUGGUUUAAUUGCCUUUUCACUGGAGCAAUGUAAAACACAAAUAACAAUUAUUAGAUUGGACCUUGAAAACAUUGUGCAAAAAUGUAAACGUGAGAUUGAAGAUACGCCAGCAUCUUUUUCUAAUAUCCUCGAGAAUAGACUAAAAAAACUUAUCAUUCAUCAUAAAGAGGUUGUUAAGAUGGCGACUAAAGUUCAGGAUAUUUUUGGGAAUGCAGUUUUUUAUCUGUUUUUUGUUGGUGGAUGGAUAUUAUGCACAUCAGCUUAUAGAAUGGUUACUGUGAGUCCAGUGUCUGUGGAGUUUAUCUCAAUGGUGUUUUACAUAAACUGCAUCUUAAUAGAAUUGUUCCUGUAUUGUUAUUAUGGAAACGAAAUUACUUUUGAAACAAACAUGUUGAUGAAAUCAGCUUAUGCAACUGAUUGGCAAGCCUUCCCCAUAAAACAUCGUCGUAUACUUAUCAUGUUUAUGGAACGGAUUAAAGUGCCAAUACAGCCUAUGGCUGGAUCAUUAGUGCCUUUAUCUAAUAGCAGUUUUGUUUCGAUCGUACGAAGCUCUUAUACGUUUUACGCGUUUCUCAAAAACUCUGAUAAGAGCAUGGGCGGCACUGUUUCAUUAUUUAGAUCCAAGGGCAUCAUAGCCACAAGAAAAGAAAAUUUUAAUAUGGAAUUGCAAUUAUCCUAUUUUAGUCUGCAUAGACAUAUACAGAUUUUGAGAACGCUUGGACUUUAUUCUUUGGAUCGAAAUUCAUCAAAAUUUAAGAAAGCAUUACAUGGGAUUUACAGAUGCAUCAUUUUCGCCUUUAUUUUGUUGUAUACUUUCCAGGAAAUAUUAAAGAUCUACGAAGGACGUCAUGAUGCAGACAAAAUGAUGGAAACUAUAUUUUUGUUCCUGACUUACACUGACUUUAUUUAUAAAGUGGUCGUAGUCUGGAUGAAAUCCGAUCAAAUCGAAGAAAUUCUUCAAAUUAUGAGAGAUCCCAUUUACAACCAAGGAGAUAUAGCUCAUCGCGAUCCUCUUUUAAACACUAUUCGGGCAAGCUUUCUUUUUGUCCGUACGUUCAACCUCAUGACGUUGUUCACUUGUUUCCUUUGGGCUCUGCAGCCGACAAUACAGCAUGUUAAAGGAAAAUCUAUUGAAAUAGCUAUAUGGCUACCGUUUGAUGUUAACAGAAACCCCAAUUUUUACUUCGCCAUUCUGUACAUGUUUUUUCAAACAUCAUUUCUUGGAUUGGGUAAUUCAACAAUUGAUAGUUUCAUUACUUUCAUGCUGGAGCAAUGUAAAACCCAAAUGAAGAUUUUGAGGGUUGACCUCGAAAAUAUCGUUGAAAGAUGCAAACUUGAAACCACUCGAACAUCAAUUUCAUUUUCUGAUGAUCUAGAGAUGCGACUGAGGAAAAUGAUACUUCAUCAUAGAGAAAUAGUAAAAAUGGUAAAAAAUGUGCAAGAUAUUUUUGGAAAUGUGGUUUUUUACCUGUUUGUUGUUGGCGGAUGGAUUUUAUGUACUUCAGCAUAUAGAAUGGUUUCCAUUAAUCAAGCGUCCGUGGAAUUCGCUUCGAUGGCACUUUAUAUAUGUUGUAUCCUAUUAGAAUUAUUCAUUUACUGUUUUUUUGGAAACGAGAUUACUUUUGAGAGUAAUAUGUUAAUGGAUUCCGCUUAUGCGUCGGACUGGCUGGCUUUUCCGUUGAAACAUCGCCGAACGCUUAUCAUCUUUAUGGAACGAAUCAAAUGUCCCAUUAAACCAGUAGCUGGCUACUUAGUGCCGUUGGCAAAUAGUACUUUUGUUUCGAUUCUUCGCAGUUCGUACACAUUCUACGCAUUUCUGAAAAAUUCGGAUAAAGACAGCGUCAAUUAAAAAAAAUCGCCUUCAACUUGUUUUCAUUACAAAAUGUUCCUUUGCUGGU